GCCAUAAUGCAGGGGGAGCAGAUCAUCAAGCCCGUGCUGCAAGUCAUUAAUACACGGGCUAUUGCUACAGGAAAUGGGCCACCGCGUUACCGAGUGUUGAUGAGUGAUGGGGUUAACACACUCUCCUCAUUCAUGUUGGCAACUCAGCUGAACUCUCUGGUGGAAGAGGAACGCUUAUCAGCUCAAUGUAUUUGCCAGGUUAACAAAUUCAUUGUCAACACCCUGAAAGAUGGAAGGAGAGUGGUUAUACUGAUGGAUUUAGAUGUUCUGAAAACUGCUGAUAAGGUCGGUGGGAAUAUUGGCAAUCCAGUGCCAUACAAUGAAGGGCAAGGGCAGCAACGUUCUUCAGCUUCAGCAGCAAACCCAGCACCCAGCAAACCACAGCCACAAAAUGGCAAUUUGUCAGUAGCAGGUCCUGCUGCUCCCAAGUACCAUGCUCCCUCAAACCAGUUUGGUAAAGCGAGCACUCCCAGCUCAGUGAAGACACCGGGGGGAUCGCAGGCCAAAGUAGUGCCGAUUGCCAGCUUGAACCCAUACCAAUCGAAGUGGACCAUUUGUGCUCGUGUUACCCAGAAAGGCCAGAUCCGUACGUGGAGCAACUCUCGUGGUGAAGGAAAGCUCUUUUCUAUAGAGCUAGUUGAUGAAAGCGGUGAGAUUAGAGCUACCGCAUUCAAUGAUCAAGCAGACAAGUUCUUUCCACUCAUUGAAUUGAACAAGGUAUAUUAUUUUACCAAAGGCAAUUUGAAGACUGCUAACAAGCAAUAUACAGCUGUUAAGAAUGACUAUGAGAUUACAUUCACUAAUGAGACUUCAGUUGUGCCCUGUGAUGAUGCCCAGCAUCUUCCAUCUGUUCAGUUUGAGUUUGUAUCCAUCUCUGACUUGGAGAACACACCCAAAGACUCUAUUGUUGAUGUAAUUGGAAUUUGUAAGAGCUAUGAAGAUGUCACUAAAAUUACAGUGAAAUCUAACAAUAGGGAGGUAUCUAAGAGGAACGUGCAUCUGAUGGAUACAUCAGGGAAACUGGUGACAGCUACGCUAUGGGGAAAUGAGGCUGAACAGUUUGAUGGUUCUAGACAACCUGUGAUAGCCAUCAAAGGAGCCAGAGUCUCUGAUUUUGGUGGUAGAAGCCUGUCUGUCCUGUCCUCAAGUACAGUUGUCAUCAACCCUGAUAGCCCAGAGGCUUUUAAGCUCCGAGGAUGGUUUGACUCUGAGGGGCAGCUUCUGGAAUGUGCCUCCAUCUCUGAUGUGAGGGGUGGGCCAGCAUCUGGAGCGAAUACCAAUUGGAAAACUUUGUUUGAAGCCAAAUCUGAGAACUUGGGACAAGGAGAUAAGGCAGAUUAUUUUAGCUGUGUGGGCACGGUCGUACAUCUGCGCAAAGAGAACUGUAUGUACCAGGCAUGUCCCUCUCAGGAUUGUAAUAAAAAAGUGAUAGACCAACAAAAUGGACUGUAUCGUUGUGAAAAGUGUGAUCGUGAAUUCCCCAACUUCAAGUACCGCAUGAUGCUUCUGGUGACCAUUGCAGACUGUCUAGACUAUCAGUGGGUGACUUGUUUCCAAGAGUCAGCAGAAUUCAUUCUUGGGCAAAAUGCAGCUUUCCUGGGAGAACUGAAGGAAAAGAACGAGCAGGCAUUUGAAGAAGUGUUCCAAAAUGCAAACUUCAAUACAUAUGAGUUCAGGAUCCGAGUAAAACUGGAGACUUACAAUGAUGAAUCUCGUAUUAAGGCUACAGCACUGGAUGUCAAACCUGUGAACUACAGAGAAUACAGCAAGAGGUUGAUCGCAAGCAUCAGGAGAAAUGCUCAGCUAGGGUGAGGAGGCUGGUGCUGACUGACUGAAGCAUUCAGAAUGUCUGAAAUAACUUUGCUUUCUUACUAUAUGUGAAGCUGAAUUAUAUAACCAUUGUGUUGUCUUUGCAAGACAGUAGUGACACCUUGACACUUUGACUUGUUCAGCAGAGGGUAGGAGGAAGAGUGUCAUACAGCUUUCAGAUAUGGACGAAGGCGAACAGGUCUAUUAGCCCAAGUUAGUUCCUUUCUGUAGAAUUCAAAGGCUUUCUCUUUCCACAGGUGCCAUGCAGUUGUUAAUGCUUGGAAUGGCAAUAUGGUAGAAUUAUUAAUCAAAGAAAUAUCUCUUAUAUCUGAAGAAUAUCCUUCCUUCAGGGUUUAAUAGACUGAGUCAGAUGGGUCUGAUAUUAAUCAAAAUUGUCUCUUCUGAGGAAGGCAGAUAAGCAUUGACUCUCCAUCCCCCAGGGAAAUCUAGGCAACUACAAAGCAUUGCUUUAGUUUUCUCUUCAAUUAAUACUAUGGGUUUUUGACUGAUUUUAGCACACAUUUCCUGCCUGUAUGUAUUUUGUAUGUUUGUAUGUUCAGUUUCUUUUGGUUUUAUUUGUGAUGAUGUUAAUCAGAAACAGGUCUUUAAAUGGGGGGAGCUUUGUUUCAAUAAACACUGUUUAAUUCCUGUGUAGUGAAUUUUGCUUUCUUUGAACACCAAAGACUUCUCAUUACUGGAAAGCAAUUAAUUAGCUUUCAUAAUAACCAUUCACUUGGGGGAGAUGUUACCGUAUUACAAACACUAAGGUUAGACUGAAGAAUGGAGACUUCUUUGCCUGAUGUUAACAGCAUGGAAAUGCAGUGAUAUUUUCACCAUUUCUGUGCCUGAGAAUGCUGAUGAGCUGGCACUUCUGGGAUUUUUAUUGACGUUUACACAGCAGCCUAAAACUAACCAGGCUUUGAGAUUUGUUCAGACAUAGAGCUAGUACAGAAAACAGUAAUUAUGCUACUGGGUUUUUCAGUCAGCAGAGCAUGCUAGCUCUGUGUGCUCCUAAUCACAUUAAUUAUGUGUUCCCUGGCUGCAGCUCACAGCUUGGCAUUUGCUGCACAGCUCCAAGCAUCCCGGCAAUACCGAAGUGGGUCUCUGGUAGCAAAACUGAAAAUUAUUUAUUUAUUUUGCUCUGUAGAGCACUGUUUCUUCAUGUAUUCAGUUAGUGCCCUUUAUUUCCCAUCAUUUCAUGUUUGUCAUCUUAAGUCUUUACGUUUAAGAACGGUAAAUGCCAUUCCCAUUGAUGGACACGAAGGACGUUAUUCUGGGCCCAUUAACGCAAACAACCCCUUCCUCUUUUUUUUUUUUGGAUUCUGAGGAUCAUGACUGGGUUCUUCUGCUGAUGUCUUGAAUUUUUUAUUGAAGUAUUUGUUCCCUCUGACCUUGCUUAUAAAGCAUUGACUAUAAAAUUACAGUCUUCAGCACUGUUCUGGAUUGACAAAUGGUGGGUUAGUGGUGAUAAUCUAUCCUUCCACUCUGCUAACCAGUCUUAGUUCUGCUCCUCCUUUCCUAUCCCUCCUUCCCAGUUUGAGGGGACUGGUAACAAGUGGUAAUGUGAAAUGUUUUCCUUGAGGCUAUUUUCCAAUUCUCAGGCCCAUAUACACCAGAAGUGUUUUUACGGGCGUUUGUGUUAGCGCGUAUUUGCUGGCAUUGCAGCUUUAUGAGACGAUGUUGCACGCCUGCCUCUGUUGGGGCAGCUCAUUCUCCCAGAGGGAAUCGCUGUGCAUCUGUAUUGCUGGGUUUACUAUGCCAUCAGCCAGAGCACUAGAGAUGGAAGGUAUCAAUACUCAAGGGUAUUAAGGUAUCUUACAGGAUCAGUUGAACGACCUUGAGAACUGGAACAGAAAAUCAACUUAAAACAGUUUGUGUGAAAAGUCAUUUAUUUGAGGACUAAUAAAAAAAAAAAAAAAACCAACCCUGCUCUAAAGUGGAUGCUCAUUA